AUGGCUGGUUUGAGUCCUGAUUAUGCCAGUCAGACCAAAGGACCGAGAAUUAUUGGAGUAUUCUGGGCGUUCUUUUCUGUGAGUCUUGUAAUGGUCUCUGCGCGACUCUACAUCCGAGCCCGUAUGCUGAAAAAUAUGGGGUUGGAUGAUUAUAUAAUUGCAACAGCAAUGGUGUUACUCGGGAGUUAUACAGUUGUCACCACCGAGCUCGUCGUCCUGGGGUAUGGGAAGCAUACGGCCAUGAUUAUGGAAGAAGGUGGCGCGAACUUGCUGGAACAAGUGCUGUUGAUCAAUUACAUUAACUUCGCUCUGGGUAUCAUGUCUUUCACGACGCCCAAGCUUGCCAUUGCCGCCCUUUUGAAUCGAGUCCUGAACCCUGGGGCAUUCCACCAGGUCUUUUUAUGGGUAUUGACGGCCGCAGUAUUCGUCACAUCCAGUAUCUGUAUCAUCGUUCUUUUCACCAUGUGUGACCCCCCACAGGCUCUCUGGAAAACCCAACUUUUGGCCGAAGGCGCAACCUGCCGCCCACAAAGAGUACUGGUGAACUACGCAAUCUUCACAGGAGCUAUGUCGGCCUUUGUCGAUUUAUAUCUCUCUAUAUACCCAAUCGCCGUUUUGAUGUCCCUCCAAAUGACGCUGAAGAAGAAGUUGGCUCUCUGUGCGGUGCUGGGGCUCGGUGCAAUUGCGUGUGCAAUGGCUAUCGUCAAAUGUAACCAGUUGCCGGGUCUUUAUGACACGGCCGACUCAACUUAUGCCACAGCGGAUCUCGUCAUCUGGACCAGCAUCGAGUCAAACAUUAUUAUCAUGGCUUCCUGCAUCCCCACCCUUGGCCCGCUUUACGAAAUGCUUCGUGGGAAGCGCUCCUGGAGCUCGCAUCAGCGGUCCUAUAGAAGCAACGGUGCGAAGCUAAACUCCUCACUCGGUCGCCCUGUUAAGAAGCGGAUCAAUCAUUUGUUCAAGGACGACGACCUAAUGAACACCACUAUUGGGGCAACUAAGCAAGGUAGCCAGGAGAGCAUAUUAAAUUCGGAGGAGGCUCGGAAUAAGGCUCAUCCCAUGGGUAGCAUUCAUACGACGGAUUAG